AUGUGUACAGACCAGACCACCUCACCUCACCUUACCUCCAGUGAGCAGGAGCGAGGGGAGCAGCAGCAGCAGGAAGGGGAGAAACAGUGGCACGCAUGUACUGCAAGUCGAGUCCCACCUCCAACGACACGUACCGCUACCUCGGCUGACCAUGUGUCUCACGCAAGACAGCAAGUAGUCGGAACCUCGCAUGUCCACCCGACCCGACCAGAAAAGCCAACGAGGGACAAAGUCCAGCCCAGCUGCGCAGUGGCAGCGGAAGCGGCAGCUCCAGCAGCAGGCCGACCUCACACAUCACACAUCCAAUCCAAUGGCACCCGACACAAUAUCGUCUUCUUCCUUCUACCUUAG